AUGUCUAUCGAACUGGAAUGGCAAAAGCUAAACUCAUCACUAGCAACCGCCCUCGUCGAAAUCCUCAACCGCCAACUUACGACAACCCAAAGACCUUCCUUCAUCGGUCCCGUCGAAAUUUCCUCGCUCGACUUUGGCACCGUCCCUCCAGACGUCGAGCUCGUCGACCUUCGUGAUAUAUACCGCGACUUCCUCGAAGACUCUGAUUCUGAUUCCAAUUCUGAGCCGGAUGAGAAUGUGAAAGUGACGGAAGGCGCAGGGGAUGAUGAGGAUGGGUUUGAGUGGGUGUCGAGAAAGGGUGCGCGUCGGGGAAUCGCGGACGAGGGGCUGGCGUAUCAUCAUCUACCACCGCAUAUACGCUAUGGGCGUAGUCCUUCUGUGGAUUUAUUCGCGUCUACGCCAGCGUUGCAUGUUGGCUCGUCGAGGGAUGUAUGGGGCGGAGGCGCUAUGCAUAUGAGCAUGCCUGGCCUAGGUGACUUUAGGCCGAUGACGGAAAGCGUGCCUCCAGAGUCAGAGCCAACUCCAACUCCCUCGCCUAACAGUCCAGAUUUACAGCUCCAUCUCUACCUGAACUGGCACUCCAAUCUUCGGCUCACCCUCACGACAUCCUUAUUGAUCAACUACCCCUCCCCGUCAUUCAUGUCCCUCCCAAUCAAGCUCUCAGUGACAGGACUGGUGUUCACGGGAGAGGUAGCCGUCGCGUAUGAAGGUUCACGUGGCCGAGUGCAUUUGUGCGUACUCGAUGAACUGGAUCCAUAUGGCCCCACUUGUAAACGCCCGCGAAGCCAGUCUAGUACCCCACCUGAUAUAGACGAAGACAGCGGAAAACGCGAUGGGAAACCAUUGCCAGUCGGCCAGCGCCUCCUCCCGUCUAUAUUAAUCGAGAGCGAGAUCGGUCAGGCGGACAAACAUGUUCUCAAGAACGUGACGCGGGUCGAGAGGUUCAUUCAGGAUGUCAUACGGAAUACGGUGGAGGAGGAACUUGUAUUUCCGAAUUUUCAUACAUUGAUCAUCGGCGACCAAGGACGCUCGUAA